AUGCCAAAAGAAGAGAAAGAUUUGGCAAAAGAGCGAGUUAAAGUAUCCAAGGAACUGGUUGGCAAAGGAACGAAGAGAGUGAUGGAAAAGGUGAAGGAAAAAUUAGGCAGUGUUUCUCAAAGGCAGUGAUAUCUGGUAAAAGAAGUGGUUGUGGAAAGAUUGUGUAUGACAAACAGUGGUAUUGCUGUGGGGUGGCUCAGCCAAUGUAUCUGCCUUGAUAUAUGGUGUUGGAAGCGAUUGUUUCGAACAGGAAAGUGAUUUUGAACAGGACGAACAAGAUAUUUUCAAUGAGCAAGAUAUCAAUGAUUUCUCUAAUGCAACAACACUGUCACUGGAGUUGAAUGUUUCACCAUUGCCAGUUGAAGAUUAUCAUACUGAGGAAACUAAAACUAUUUCGGCAACGUCAGCCAAAAAAAGGAGAGCCAGCUGUGUGCCACAGCUAAUUGAUAAUAAAAGAAAGCAUCGUGACAAAAUGCUGUUCGAAGAGGCUAAAGACGAUGCAAAAUUUAGAAAAGAUUUGACACAGUCAUUGAAGGAUUCGUUGGCAAUUUUUGCACAAGGUAUACAAGAUGUGAGCAAGACCAUUUUGGAUAUGGGUGCAGGGCUUUCUCGGUCAAAUGCAAUGCUAUCACAUGGAUUUAGUCAUGGUCAUCCACCACAUCCCGUGAAUAAAAAUAUGUUCUACCAAUACCCAGUUCAGUAUAUGCCGUCACAUGCCAGCAACCCCUGUGUUUAUAUUCCAAUGUCAAAUGAAACCCCUCGUAAAGUGAUGCAACAAGAUAAUGGAAGUGAUGAAAACAUGCAGGAUUAA